ACCCAUGAUCAUUUCAUCUCAACAACUUUCGUCCCUAGAUCAUCUGCAAGAAAAAACAAUGCGGAGCAUAGCUUUAAUUUCACCAUUUUCAUUCCUCUUUCUUUUGUUAAUUCUCUGUCAGUACUCUUUCUUUAAUUUGCAUGCAGCAGAGGCUUUUAAUGUCUCAGAUGUGGGGCCUCUGGUGAAGAAAGACGAAAGGAGGUCCCUUGUUGCGACCGAGUACGGAGAGGUCACAGCCACUGAUAUCAGUGAUGGAAUCAGAGGGCUAUACCACCUUCAGUUCAUCACUUUGGAGCCAAACUCUCUCUUUCUCCCAGUACUCCUCCAUGCAGACAUGGUCUUCUAUGUCCACACAGGAAGUGGGAGGUUGAGCUGGGCUGAAGAUGAUGACAAUCAAAUGAAGAGGGUGAAUUUACGUCGAGGAGAUAUCUACAUGCUCCAGGCAGGUUCUAUCUUCUAUGUGAAGAGCAGAUUAGAACCGGAGCGCAAGAAGCUUAGGAUACAUGCAAUAUUUUCCAACACACCUGAUGACUCCUAUGAUCCGUUAAUUGGAGCAUACUCGAGCAUUAGAAACCUUGUCCGAGGCUUUGAUCAGAGAGUCCUACGAGCUGCUUUUAAGGUCCCUGAAGAUGUCAUAGAAGACAUAACACAAGGGACCCCAGCACCAGGCAUAGUGCAUGCGGUGCAAACAAAGGAAGAAAACUUCUGGGAAUUGGAGGCUCGGUUCCUGAAAGUCUUCCUUGGAGGCAAAGGCGGCCUGACAUUCAACAAGAAGAAGAAAACAAGAGCCUAUAAUAUUCUUGAUGCAGACCCAGAUUUCGAGAACUGUAACGGGUGGAGCCUAACAGUGACCAGAAGAAAUGCAAAUUUACUGAAGGGUUCCAAUAUUGGUCUUUUCAUGGUGAACUUGACAAAGGGCUCAAUGAUGGGGCCCCAUUGGAAUCCAAUGGCAACCGAGAUUGCAAUUGUCUUACAAGGGCAAGGGAUGGUAAGGGUGAUUUGUUCAAGCAGUGCUAAAAAACCAGAGUGCAAAAAUAUGAGGUUGAUGGUCAAAGAAGGAGAUGUUUUUGCUGUACCUAGGUUCCAUCCCAUGGCUCAGAUGUCUUUCAACAAUGACUCGUUUGUUUUCAUGGGAUUCAGCACAACAAGAAGUAGAAAUCACCCUCAAUUUCUGGCAGGAAAGAGCUCAGUUCUUCAAACUUUGGACAAACAAGUCUUGGCUGUAUCCUUCAAUGUCACCAACAGUACGAUUGAUCAGCUUUUGUCUGGGCAGGCUGAUUCAUUCAUACUGGAGUGUACUUCUUGUGCUGAGGAAGAGAAAAUGAUAUUGGAGGAAGAAAUUGAGCGAGAAAGGGAGGAAGAGGAAGCUAGGAAGAGAGAGGAAGAAGAGAGAGAGAGAGAAGAGAGAGAAAGGGAGGAAGAGGAAGCGAGGCAGAGAGAAGAGGAGGCUAGGAAGAGAGCGGAAGAGGAAGAGAAAGAGAGAGAAGAGCGAGAAAGGGAGGAAGAGGAAGCUAGAAAGAGAGAAGAGGAGGAGGCUAGGAAGAGACAGGAAGAAGAGGAGGCCAGAAGGAGAGAGGAAGAGGAGGAGAGGAGGGAGGAAGAAGAAGCAGAAAGAGAACAAGAAGAAGAAAGGAGGCGACGAGAAAAGGAAAAGGAGCAAAGACAAGAAGAAGAAGCGAGAAGAGAGAGAGAAGAAAGGGAAAGUGAAAGUAGGGAGAGAGAACGAGUAGAAGAAGAAGAGAGGCAGAAAGAGGAAGAGAAAAGGAGACAAGAAGAAGCAGAGUGGGAGGAGGAAGAGGCCAGGAGAGAAGAAGAAAGGAGGAGAAGGAGACAGGAAGAAGAAGAAGCAAGAAGAGACAGGGAAAGAGAAAAGGAACGGAGACGGUGGGAAGAACCAAGAAGAGAGAGGGAAAUACAAGAACCUGCUGGAAGACAACCCGAAGAAAGAGAAGAACAAAGGAGACAGAAUGAGAAAGCUACAAGAAAAGAGCAAGAGGAGGAAGACAGUAGGGAAGGUGGCAGAAGAGCUCCGAGGAUGCGGUGGAUUUGAGAACUGGAUACCCAAUUGAAUUGGGUAUUUUUCAUCAAAUCUAGCAUGCAUGUCGGAUGUCUUUAUUUAUGACGUCUUUUUGGUAGAAUAAGCUUUCUGACCCAUGUCUGUACUGUUUGAUAGUUCAAUAAGUUCUACUUCAAUAG